AUGAGCUUGGUAUCACAUCUAACUAGUGAUUUGACCAAUUUGGCUUCGGAGUCCAAGCGGAAAAGUCCUGAAACCAGACACGCUUGUGACAAAGCACUAUCCGAUCUUAAAGCUUAUCUGCCGUCAAUUCAUAUUAAUGAUAUACUGGAUAAUCAAAUCAAGAUUGAUUUGGUUAAGCCAUUCAUAAUAGCUAGUGGUUCUGGCAAUGCCAAACUCACUAGCUCUUCCAUUCCGGUCCUAAAUCGAUUGAUUUUAUCGUCGUUAGUACCAAUUGAAAAUAUUAAAGGUUUAUUGAAAUCUUUUGAAGAAGCAAUUAAUAUAAAUGUUGAUAUACAGCUAAGAACUUUACAAUGUUUGCCUAGCUUGGUACAGAAAUAUGAUAUUGAAGGUGAAAAUUUAUUAAGCUUACUUGGAAUUUGUUCAAGUUUGGCUUCAAAUAAUAAAUCUCCGGUUGUUAAUAAUACUGCUUCAGCAACAUUGCAACAAUUGUUUAGUAAUGUUUAUGAUAAAAUUCAAGAAACUCAAGGUGAUUAUGAUGUGGUUGUGGAUAAUGAUGAAAUCUUAAAAGUAAAUAAGUCAUCUUAUGAAGGUUAUAGAAUAUUAAAUGACCUAUGUAAUAUUAUAAGGAAUGAACCAUUAACAUUUUUAAAAGAAGAGCAUAUUAAACAAUCUUCAAUUUUGGAGAUCAUCGAAAAUAUCAUUUCGAACCAUAGAAAAUUAUUCGAUAAACACCAAGAACUCUCUUAUUUGUUAAGACAUAACCUAGUUCCAGGUUUAUUAAACAUUCUAAAUUUACCCAAUCAAAACUUUCAAUUAACUACUAGAUCAAUUAGAAUUAUACAUGUUUUAUUAUCCACUCAACUCGAUAACCUUGAAAUAGAAAAUGAAAUCAUAUUAUCAUACUUAAACCAUUUAUUAUUAAAUACUGAUUCAAAUACCAUUACUCAAGACUCUUCAGAUCAAAUUAGCUGGGAAAAAAUAUUGGUCCUAGAGAUGUUUAAAACAUUAUUUAAUGAUUUUAAUAACAUUAAAGGAAUUUAUGAAAAAUAUGAUUCCAAUCCAAAGAAGAAAAAUGUUGUUCAGGAAUUAAUGUCUAUAAUGAGCACCUUUUUAACAAAUAAUUCUUAUUUGUUAAAUGAUACAGUUAGAUUCCCAUCUUCAAAUAUAAAUACAGUAUCCAAUAAAACCUCUUCAAUGAAAGUUUCAAUAUUGGAUCAUCUUGAUAAGUCAGAACCUCCAAAUAAUAUACCAAACACUUAUAGUAUAUACUUGACUUUGAAAAUUCUAAUAAGUUAUGCUGAAGGUACUGCACUGUUUGUUAGUGAAUUGUCAUCAGAUCCAGAAACUUUGGAGCUUAAUGUUGAUUUCAUUACAAGCUUAAUCGAAUCUUGCUAUCCAGAUGUAUUAGUUUUAUUUCAGAACUUUAUUUAUUUUUCAAUGGAUAAUGAAUCUUUUCAUAAUUUAAUUCGUUCAUUACAAAAAUUUAUCCACACUGCUGGAUUGCUUGGCUUAUCGAACUUGAGGGAUGGUUUAUUAACCAUGUUAAGUGAUGCAAUUAUUAAUAAUGUAUCCAAAACAGAUAUAAAGAGAAGUGCCCAAGGAGGAAAUAGCUUACAAGAACAAGGUAAACAAUUAUUAGCAUUUGGUGAGUCAUUAGUUGAGUCAUUUAGUUCUACCAUUCAAAGUCCAAAUUCACAAAGCCCUUCACAAUUUCAAUCAUCUAAUGAAAAUGGUGAUACAAUUAUUUCACCUACUCAAUCGAAUUUAUCCUUGGAGCAGCAGCAGGAAGUGAUCAGACCUCGAAAAUUUAAUUCGAGACAAGCAACAUGCUUAAGAGCAUUAAUUAAUUUGGCAGUCUCAUUAGGAUCCACCUUACAAGGCUCAUGGAAGAUUAUCUGGAUAACAUUUCAAUGGGUUGAUUAUUAUUUAGAAGGUCCUGAUGAAUUCAGUGGAUUUUAUAAUAAUAAAAUAUUUACAAAUAUGACUGACGAUAUGCUUCCUACGUUAACUAAUCAGGAUUUAAACAAUCUAGAUAUAUCAAUGAAAAAAUUUUACGAAAGCAUCAAUGAAUAUCCCGUUGACUCAUUUUAUGAAUUAUUGACCGUCAUGACUGAAUUGUUUUCAAUUGAAAACAUGAAAAAGAAAGAAAUAUGUCCAUUUAACAAAUCAUUUUUCUUAGUGAAAUUGAUUGAAGUCACUAAAAUCAAUUCAAAUAAGUUUUUGAUAUUGGAUAAUAAAUCAUGGGAUCUUUUAAUUAAGUUUUUCAUUGAGUUAGGAAUGGAUCGCCAAAUUUUUCAUAAUCUAAGAAUCAAUAUAGUGAAAAAUUUUAACGAUUUAAUAAUAAACAUUACUAAUGAAGGUUUCAGACUGGAUGAUAUAGAUAUUAAUCAAGCAACAUCAAUUAAAUCGUUAGAUGCGUUGAUGGUAUUUUUAGAAAAAUUAUUUGAAAUUGGUAUACCACAAGAGUUAAUUUUAUUAAGCUGUGAAACAGAAAUGCAUUUAAUAAUAUUAGACACUUUACAUGAGUUAAUUGAUAAGUAUGAUACUUAUUAUCAAGAAAGAUGGGAUGUUGUGUUUAAGAUCUUGAAUACAUCGUUCAGAAAUAUAAAGGAUAAGAAUGAUAAGAAACUAAUGAAUAAAAUUGGCUCAUUAAUAUCAUCCUCAUUCGACACUUUGAAAUUGAUUUUGGAUGAGUUUUUAUUAAGUUUACCAUUCAAUCAAUUGAAAAUAUUGAUUAAUACGUUAUAUAAUUUCUGUUCUCAAACUUACGACUUAAAUAUUAGUUUCAGUUCAGUUAGUUAUUUUUGGUUAAUUAGUGAUUCGAUCAAAUCAAGAAUUAUCGAAAAGGAUGAAAAAGCCAUUGAUUAUCAAACCAUUAAAAGUGAAGAAGAAUUAACCAAAUUCAUUGAUAAUUUUGAAGAAUCGAGGAAUUUUUAUCGAGUUUUAAACAUUUAUUUAUUGUGUACUUUAGCCAAGAUCCUGAUGGAUUCCAGAUCACAAGUAAGAGACGGAGCCAUUCAAACAUUUUUCAAGAUUAUUGAUGUUCAUGGGAAUUUGAUACCAUCAUGGGAAUUAAUUUAUGAAAUAGUAUUACCAUUAUUAUUGGAUUUGAAGAAUUUACAAAAUGCAUCGAAUAAAAAAGAUUGGAUCGAUAGCUUAAGCUUGAUUUUAAGUGGAUUGGUUUCUAUUUAUGGUAAAUUUAUGAUGAAUUUCGAAGAAGAUAAGGAAGGAUUAUCGACUGAGAUUGGACUAAAACUAUGGAGAAGGAUAAUUAGGUUUUUCGAAAACUUAUUAGAUUUAGGAUGGAACGAUUUGAACUUAAAGAUAUUCAAGAGUUAUUACGAUUUGAUUAAUUCAUUUCAAAAAAUUGAUAAAGUAAACGGGGAAAUUCGAAAUCUAUUCUAUAACUUUUGGAUUAAUAUCCCGAUUGAGUAUGACUUUAUAAACAUUCAAUACCAGGAUACAUUAUCAGUAUUGAUGGAUUGUUUCAAACCUUUGUAUCAUAUAAUUGAAUCAGACUUGAGUAUUGAAGAAACAAACAAGAUUAUAAAUGUCUUAAAUAAAUGUGCAAGAUAUCCAAUAUUACCGAAAAACAUGAAAGAUGAAAAUAAACCCACCAACUUACAAAAAUCAGUAAUGAGUAACCUAGAGUUAAUGCUAAUGAAUAGUAAAGAAGAAAAAAUACUUGGAUUAACCAUUCAACAAUUAACGGUUAUAUUGAUCUAUCCAUUUGAAACCCGAAUCAGGAUUGAGAAAAAACUUAGUAGUAAAUUAAAUGGAGAUAAAAUCAAGAUUCCAAGCUUUAUUGCCAUUAGUCAUAUUUCCAUGGAUUUAAUUGAAAAAAAAUUAAAUGACAUGAAAGUUCAACUGUUAAUUGAGGAUAAAGUGAUCUAUAAAUUAUUAAGUUCUCUAUUAGAGAUCAUUGAAAACAAAGCGGAAGGAAUCAAGAAUAGAGAAACAAAAUUAUGGGUUGAUUCGUAUAAAUUUUUCCAAUUAUUAGUUACUAGAUUGAUUAAUGAGAAUUUCGAGCUAAUUGAGGAUAAAGAAGAGAUAUGGAGGUAUUUCUUACAAGGGAUAAUGCUUAGUUUCAACCAAGAAGUCGAUGAAGAAGCGGAGACGAUUAAUAUUGAUCAGUAUAAUCGAAUAAUCAAACAAGUGAUGCCGGCGUUAUUGAGAAGAAAUAAUAAUGAACAAAUAUUAACCAGUUUUAUUGAAAAAUUAUACGAAAAAUCGUUCUUGUAUCAACUUGAUGAUAUAGAAGAGUCAAUCAUUGAAAAUAACAUUGAUGAUUUGGUUCUGAUAAUGACUCAAUAUAAUUUUGAUGAUACUUUUGGCACAUUAACGGUUUUAACUCCGUUUUCCAAUCAAGAUACUAGAAUCAUGUGUUUACAGCAGCUCAUGACUUUUGUUUUGAAUGAAGACCUGACCCUCUUGAGUGAAAUAAGCUUAGCCUAUUUUAUUAAUAGGGUUGCUUAUACUUUAAGAAGGUUUAUAUCUGACAGUAAAUUACUAUACCGAGCCCCAUUACCUAAAAUUCAAGAGCAAGAAAUCCUCUUAAUCAUGCAGGGCUUAACCCGGAUCGAGCCACGAUACUCCACCAACAAGAACUUGCAAAAACUCAAGUCCCUAUUGAUUAAAAGUAUUGAAUUUACUGAUAAGAUCCCCCAAUUGACUUUACUAGUCGAAACUGCAUUGAGGUUGCAAAAUAUAUAG